AUGUCGUCGCUGCGUGUACGCACCAAGAACAAACUCAUGAUGGCUUUGGGCGCUGUCCAGCCCAGUUCGAAUGUGGCUUUCGACUUGGUCUACUCGGACUUUGAGUCUACGCUGCAACGGCUUGUGAAGCUGGACUCGGUGCUGAAAGCGUACGUCUCUUCACUGAAAAGAUGUCAUGGUGCAGCAAGUUCAGUGAUGGUCGCUAUUGAAGAUCUGUCGCCCAGAGGGAACCGCGCCAUGAGGUAUCAGCAGACUUCUGCCGAAUCGUUGGAAACGAAUUACUUAGCUGGCGAAGCUCGAGUGGUUUGCGCUGAUGUGGAUCGGGCAGUUUUCGACGAAACUUGUGAUCGACUCGAGCAUGAAGUCCUGGUGCCAGUGAACAAAUGGCUGCAAGAUGCCCGUAACCUCCAAAGCAAAGUAUCAGCAUUCCAAAUGCAGAAAGCCCUUUGCGAUCAUUAUUCGCGUAAGGUGGUAGUAUUGCGAGAAGCACAUGAACGGCGUGUCAGCAAUGGUCGAAGAGAGAAAACGAAGAGCACGGAGCGGCUGUUUCGCAACAAGCGAAAGUUCGUUGCUACAUCGCAGAGCUACACGCAAUUGUCGGAGACCAUUAUUCGUGAACUACGUGCGUUUGUUUUGGCGAGAGAUGCUGCGUUGACACCGCUCUUAUAUCGUGUAUUGCAAGGCCGUAUCAUUCACGCUGAGUGUUUGCAUGAAGCUACGAAUCGUAUUCGUGCACUGGUCGAGGACAGCUUGGAAAGUAGUGAGCAUCGAAUGGAUCUUGGUGAAGUUGUAACAACUGCUCGAGGCAAUGAGUAUGCGGGGUCAGAAAUGAGACCUUUGGCUACUGUUACGUCUGCUCAUCCAGACAAAUUCAUGGUGCGUGAGUCUUCGUUUGAAACGUUUGUGGGUGAAGCCUCUCACCAAGCGGCACCUCAACUGACUACGCUCAAGUCUGCUUCCAAAAUGAUGUUGGAAAAGCGUGUGCUUCAGUAUCGCUCUCAAAAAGUGGGAAGCAGGUACCAUUCUGGAUGCGUCGAGGUACCGGUUUGGCUAAACCCGGCUACACACCACCGCACGGCAUUCCGCGCUUCAUGA